UAGUGACAUGUUGGUUGAAUUACAGUAGUGACAUGUUGGUUGAAUUACAGUAGUGACAUGUUGGUUGAAUUACAGUAGUGACAUGUUGGCUGCUCUUCUCAGGAUAAAUGGACACCCCGGUGGCUACGUGCGGAUAGCAGGGAAGUGGAGGCUGGAGGAGUGCCACCCCAGUGGCUGCCUCACAGACCUGUUCAUCCAGAUGGCCAUCAUUAUGGUUCUGAAACAAACCAUCAGCAACGUCUUUGAGUUCGGAGGCCCCUGGUUCAACAGGUGGCUAAAGAGGCGGAGGACUAAGAAGCUACAGAGGAAGUGUCCCCACUGUUACAAGAAGGCAGAUCAACAGACCAAUCGGUGGGAAGAGCUGUGUGAGAUCUGCAAGCUCAGUGAUUGGCUAAGAAACUACCGUCUCAACGACGUGAACUCUUUCAGUCUCUUCAAUGAGUUCCUGGAGAUGGGUACGUCACAGAUGACYAGG